AUGCCGUGGCGUUUGCUUGCCCUCCAUGCUGCAGAAGAUCCAGUGCCGCUGCCCUGUGAUGGUGACGCUUCAAUCGGGCGGAGGCCAAACAACUUCCUUGUUUGCCAGGACCGUGCGGUCAGCGGUACUCACUGUGUUCUUCAUUGCAGCGCUUCUGGCCCCCCGGUGUUUGAGGACUGCAGCACAAAUGGCAGCUUUGUGAAUGAUGUGAAAUUGCAGAAGGGAGAACGGCAGCAGCUUGCCCAUGGUGAUGUGUUAUCGCUUACGAAGCCUCCGGAGGAUGGAAUUGCAUCGGGCCCACGAGUUCAGUACAAGUUGGUCUACGAAGAACAUAAGGAUAUUCAACACGAUUUUCAAGGUGCUGGAGGCGAAUUUCCAGCAACAGCGCCUGAUCCAAAGCACGUUGCAGAACGGCUGGUUGAACAUUGCUUUGCGCAAGAUCUUCUUGUUCAGGAGCAGCAAAGCAAGGCCAAAUUGACAGCUGACCUACUGGUGUCGCAGCGGAAGCUAGAUGAAGAGCGACAUGCAGUAGAGAAUCUAGCCCGCGAGCUGCAGAAGACUCGCCAGCAGGUUGAAGAGGAGCGAUUGAAGCGCCACGAUGCAGAAGAACAGAAAACCAAGCUAGCCAGCGAAAUGGAUGCUUUAAGAGCAGAGGCCCUUCAGCUGGAAGAAGUAACAUUGGCUCAUGAAGAUUUGCAAGCACGUCAUUCAGCUUCAGAGCAGGAGUUUCGGAAUCUCCUUGGGCGAUGUGAAGAGCUGGAAGUGGAGCAGCUUCAGCUGCGGCAAGAAGUAGCACAUGCCGCGGAGGCCCAGCAAAAGUCGGCUCAGCAACUGGCAGAGUUGCAGAGUCGGGCAAGACAAGUGCAGGAACGAUCCGAGCGAUUGCAGCAGCUGCGGCGGGAAGCUCAACGUGCAUUGGGACAAAUGAACGAAGAGCAGCAACGCCUGAAGGAAGAGCUUCAGGCAGCAGCUUGUUCGCCGGCAAAGCUGCAAGCUGUGGCACCCAACCAGGCAACAGUUGAAAAGGAGGGCUGUUGCGAUCUAAAGGCUCGACGGCAAUCCGCGUGGCGGACAAAAGCAGAGGAUCCACUGGUGGGUGCUCAAGCCACCCUCGCAGCUAUCGAUCUUGACAAUGGUGAGGUGAUACAGGCUGCUGAGACUGGAGCGAACAUUACCGGGCCGAAUGCGUCGUGUGGCGCUUCCUUGGGCCAGGCAGAUCAAGUUCCUGAUGCACAGGGUGGAUCCACUGCUUGGAGCUUGGAGGUUAUGGAGAUUGAUCCGCCAAGCAAAAAACUUAGAAGAAACUGA